UGCCAUUUAGCCAAACAACCUUUAAUUCAUUGAGCUCAAAGCUUAGCGGCUUCGCUGUGGUCGUGAGGCGUAAACAGCUUGCAAAUUAGAAUUUUUUUCUCUCCCCACGUUUGAAUUGGAUUUGGGCAAUGGCGAUGAAGGCAGCAUUUCAGAAGAGAGAACAGGAAUCUCUAGGUGUUUAGACACGUGGAAGAGGAACCGUGAGGGGUUGGUGAAGCAGAAAGGAGAGGAUGAGCUUGAAAUGAUUCCGCGCCUGCGAAUUAAGAUCAGCAGUAGCACCACCAAAGCAUAUUUAUUAAGUUCUUCUACUUAUAAUCUCUACCUUUGAUAAACUCAACAUUAACUUGGAGAGCUGGAAUUAUACAGAACACAAGGCAUCCUAUAUGUGGGACCAAAUGAAUGAUGUGGAUAAUGAUUACAGGUUCUCCAAAGUACUUAUUAUUUGUGUUGGGUAAACCAGUUCAACAGACUGCGUCCUCAAUACAUUUGCCAGUGAUGAAAACUGCCCUUAAUAUUCUUUCAUGUCUGGAUAUCUAUCUGUGUAAGACCAAUAGAGCCCUGAGACUUUAGGACAGAGACCACCACUAAGCACAAGCAUCACCCACUUGCAUAAUUAUGGAGAUGAUCAGCAAGACGUUGAAAAUGCCCCUAGUUUUUUGACGGCGGCUGCAUAAACAUGGGGUCCAGUGGACUUGGGAAAGCAGCAACAUUAGAUGAGCUGCUGAGCACUUGCAUUGAGAUGUUUGAUGACAAUGGAGAGCUGAAUAAUAGUUAUUUGCCAAGAAUAGUUCUACUCAUGCACCGAUGGUAUUUGUCUUCCACUGAAUUGGCAGAAAAACUUCUCUGCAUCUAUCGAAAUGCCAGUGGAGAAAGCUGUGAUGAAUUUCGGUUAAAGAUCUGCUACUUCAUGAGGUACUGGAUUGUGAAAUUUCCUGCAGAGUUUAAUUUGGACCUCGGUUUGAUCCGUAUGACUGAGGAAUUCCGGGAAGUAGCUAGUCAACUGGGAUAUGAGAAACACACCAGCCUCAUUGAUAUAUCCAGCAUUCCUUCCUAUGACUGGAUGAGAAGAGUCACACAGAGAAAAAAAGUAUCCAAGAAGGGAAAAGCCUGUCUGCUGUUCGACCAUCUGGAGCCCAUUGAAUUGGCCGAGCACCUCACUUUUCUGGAGCAUAAAUCUUUUAGAAGGAUCUCAUUCACUGAUUACCAAAGCUAUGUCAUCCAUGGCUGCCUGGAGAAUAACCCAACCUUGGAGAGAUCUAUUGCUUUAUUUAAUGGAAUCUCUAAGUGGGUCCAGUUGAUGGUUCUUAGCAAACCAACUCCUCAGCAAAGAGCAGAAGUCAUCACAAAGUUUAUCAAUGUUGCCAAGAAGCUCCUUCAGCUCAAAAAUUUUAACACCCUGAUGGCAGUGGUGGGAGGCCUCAGUCAUAGUUCCAUUUCCCGGCUCAAAGAGACCCAUUCUCAUCUUUCUUCAGAAGUUACAAAGAACUGGAAUGAAAUGACGGAGCUGGUCUCCUCCAACGGCAAUUACUGUAAUUACCGCAAGGCUUUUGCCGACUGCGACGGCUUCAAAAUUCCAAUCCUUGGCGUCCACUUGAAAGACUUGAUAGCAGUCCAUGUCAUUUUCCCAGACUGGACAGAGGAGAACAAAGUGAACAUUGUGAAAAUGCACCAGCUCUCCGUUACCCUGAGUGAACUGGUCUCCCUGCAGAAUGCCUCUCACCACUUGGAACCCAACCUGGAUUUGAUCAACUUGCUCACGCUUUCUCUGGACCUCUAUCACACAGAAGAUGAUAUUUACAAACUAUCACUGGUUCUGGAGCCUAGAAAUUCUAAAUCGCAGCCUACCUCCCCUACGACGCCCACCAAGCCUGUGGUUCCCCUGGAGUGGGCCUCAGGAGUGAUGCCGAAGCCAGAUCCUACAGUCAUAAACAAGCACAUAAGGAAAUUAGUUGAGUCUGUGUUUAGGAACUACGACCAUGACCAUGAUGGGUAUAUCUCCCAAGAAGACUUUGAAAGUAUAGCUGCCAAUUUUCCCUUCUUGGAUUCCUUUUGUGUGCUGGACAAAGAUCAGGAUGGCCUGAUCAGUAAGGAUGAGAUGAUGGCUUACUUCCUGAGAGCUAAGUCCCAACUACACUGUAAAAUGGGACCAGGAUUUGUCCAUAAUUUUCAGGAGAUGACCUAUCUCAAGCCAACCUUCUGUGAACACUGUGCAGGAUUUCUCUGGGGCAUAAUCAAGCAAGGAUACAAAUGCAAAGAUUGUGGAGCCAACUGUCAUAAACAGUGCAAAGACCUCCUGGUUCUGGCCUGCAGGAGGUUUGCCCGGGCGCCCUCCUUGGGCAGCAGUCAUGGGUCACUGCCUGGAAGUCCCUCGUUGCCCCCAGUGCAGGAUGAGGUGUUUGAGUUCCCUGGUGUCACUGCUGGACACCGAGACCUGGACAGCAGAGCCAUCACACUGGUCACAGGCUCCUCUGGCAAGAUCUCCGUGCGGCUGCAGCGGGCCACCACCAGCCAGGCCACCCAGACUGAGCCUGUGUGGUCAGAGGCUGGCUGGGGGGACUCAGGGUCCCACACCUUCCCCAAAAUGAAGUCCAAGUUCCACGACAAAGCGGCAAAGGACAAAGGCUUUGCCAAGUGGGAAAAUGAGAAGCCCAGGGUGCAGGCUGGUGUGGAUGUUGUUGACCGAGGCACCACGUUCGAACCUGACCAGGAUGAAGCAGACAUGGAUGAGACCAAACAGGAUGGUGAGGAUGGCUGACUUCAGCUGAGGACACUGAAGGCAAUUGUGUUGGCAUUUGGAAGGAGCAAGAAAAGAAACUCUGAAGAACACUCCAACGCUCAGGAAGUUAUCUGAAAAGAUAUCUGGACAUUUACUGGCUUGUGACACUGUGGGAUCUAUGACUGAACUAUGGGCCAGAGGAUUUACCCUAUGAACUAUUUAUUUCCUCCUCCCCUGAUCCGAGUGAGGUGCCACAGAGAGAUGUUAUGUAGUUGGUGAUUUUCGCUCCUUUCUCUAGAGCCAUUUAUAUACGGAUGAAAUGGAAGCUUUUGGCCAUGUACUUGAUAUUCAUUCUCUAAACUCAGACUUUACUUUUCUGUGAGAAUGUUACUUCAGUGUUUUUAUAAACUUCUAAGGUGGGCGUUUAACAAGAAGUCGAUUUAAUGGUGUUUUUGUGUGCUUUUUGGACGGGACCAGGACUUAACAUUUUCUUGAGAGACAAGGAAACUCUUCCAGGCUUGGAAUGCAGUGGUUCUUCUAAUAAUGGUUUGUUGCAAGGAGAAGCUGUUUACAUUGUUCUUACCAUACAAUGUGCAACAAGCCACACUUUUAUAAUCAUAUGUCUUACUAAUUCUGCAUCACUAGGUAGCCAUGAUACAUCCAUUUAUAAUUGCCAUGGGGAAAAAUUCACUAAAUACUUGUCCCAUCUGACUAGGUUUAGCCAUCUUUCCUAAGACUGCUAUUAAGAAGUGUCAAUAGCAAUGAAAAAAAUCAAUUGAAGUUUUUGGCAUGCUCUUCCUAAGAAAUUGCCAUCCAUGGUUAAAAAAAAAAAAGAGACAUAGAAAGCAAAUCACCACAAACUGCCUCUGAUUAACAUUUCAUUUAAAGUAUCAGUAUUUUGAGUAUCUUCCUUUGACUCAGCAUUACUAGACACGGGUCUGUUUCUUACAUGAUGAAUUAGCAGAAAGCACUUGGUUUUCAAGAUAUUGAAAAGUAGAGAUGGGUUUGAGCCUAGGGGUGAGGAGAAUGACCUGCUACCAAGGACCAGUCAGAGGCUGGAUCCACAGAGGCACACUGGUCUGCAUCCGGGAGCAAUCCACGUAAGACGGAGUUUCUUUGGGGGCAGUUGCUUCAAUAAAGAAAUGCCUUUCUUCUCACUUUCUAUUAGUUAAAUGAAGACAGUUCUGUUCAGCAAACACUUGUUGAGUACCUGCUCUGGGAAGGUCCUGUGUUAGACGCACAAAGAGGAGCAAUUCUUCAUCUCUCCCCUUGGAGAUGAGAGUCUGUGCAUGUUAAGGCAAGUUGACUCUCUAAAAUACUGUUUCAAGUUCGCUAGAACUGACUUAAUCAGGCCAAACAGAUCCAGAGAUCAAUUAGCAAAGAUAAUGCAAAUUAAAUAAAGUUACUAGGUGAGGGGUUGUGAUUAAGCUAGAAAAUAUAAGAACCCACCAUUUGCAAGCACCUCAGAAAGCAAACAGCCAUUCUCAGCAUUGGUUCUAUGUAUAUAUACUCCAUAUUCCUAUUCAUAAAUGCAACGAAAUACAUGUUACCAAAAUUAAUAACAGAAAAUGGUAAUUUAAGUAUAAGAAAACUUUCUUCUAUGUCUUACGUUGUUGUUAAGGAAUGUUAAGACUUAUUUUUUGUCUCAAAGCAGUUAUUUCACUUGCCAUUUAGUUUGGAUUAUUUUUGAGAUUUCAAAUAUACAGAAAGUUUUAUAUGGGUCAGCCUUCCUGUUAGAAAGAUACUAAAAUGAAACGAGUAAAAACAAACCAAAAAAAUAAUAAAACAAGCAUAUUUGUGUGUA